AUGAGCUGGUGGUGGGCAGGAGCCAUAGGAGCUGCAAAGAAAAAGUUUGAUCCCAACGAUGCACCACCCAAGUACCAGAGCGUGGCACUGGUGGCCGGGGUCACGGGGAUAGUGGGCAAUAGCCUUGCCGAGAUCCUGCCGCUCCCCGACACCCCCGGUGGGCCCUGGAAGGUCUACGGGGUUGCCCGCAGGGCCCGCCCGGAGUGGAACGCUGAUCAUCCCAUCGAGUACAUCCAAUGUGAUCUCUCAGACCCUCAUCAAACACAUUCUGAACUCUCCCAACUGACCGAUGUCACACACAUCUUUUACGUCACUUGGGCCAGCAAGCCCACGGAAGCAGAGAACUGCGAGGCCAAUGGCAACAUGUUUCGAAACUUGUUGGAUGCUGUGAUCCCAAAUGCACCAAAUUUGCAGCACAUAUGCUUGCAAACAGGUCGCAAGCAUUAUAUUGGUCCAUUUGAAAUGUGGGGAAAAUUUGAGCCUCCUGAGCCUCCGUUUCAUGAGGACCUCCCAAGGCUCAACGUGCCCAACUUUUACUUUACAUUGGAGGACAUUUUGUUUGAGGAAGUGAAGAAGAAGGAGGGGUUGACAUGGUCAGUUCACAGGCCUAGUGUGAUUUUCGGGUUUUCGCCUUAUAGCUUGAUGAACAUAGUGGGGAGUUUGUGUGUUUACGCUGCGAUUUGUAAGCACGUAGGGAAGAAACUGAGGUUUUCGGGGAGCAGAGGAGCGUGGAACGGGUACUGGGAUGCCUCAGAUGCUGACCUGAUUGCUGAGCAUGAGAUAUGGGCAGUAGUUGAUCCUUAUGCAAAGAAUGAGGCUUUCAAUUGCAGCAAUGGGGAUGUGUAUAAGUGGAAGCAUUUGUGGCGGGUUUUGGCAGAACAGUUUGACAUGGAGUUUGAGGACUUUGAUGAUGAUGACGAGGGCGAAUCGAGGCCAAGCAUGGAGGAGAUGAUGAAAGAUAAGGGGCCAGUGUGGGAUGAGAUUGUGAGAGAGAAUGGUCUGGUGCCUACAAAAUUGGAAGAGAUUGGGAAUUGGUGGUUUGUGGAUGUCAUAUUUGGGGUAGAGUCAAGUGUGGACAGUAUGAAUAAGAGCAAAGAUCAUGGCUUUGUGGGGUUCAGGAACUCAAGGACAUCAUUUGUAACUUGGAUUGAUAAGAUGAAAUCUUACAGACUUGUUCCUUGA